UAUAAUUCAGAAUAAUUAUAUCGCUCCGUCUAGUCUGAGUUAAACGACGUAAGAGAAAUAGAUGAAACAUUGUAUUACAUUAUUGAAAGUUGAGGAGCUGGAUAUUCGAAGAAACAUUGCUGUUUAAAUAUAGAACUAUGAAGAUAUCCAAAUUACACAAGGUCACAGUCUAUUUCGUGUACUGCAUCGUGAUUGUUUAUACAACGAAACUGACAGAAAAUACAUGUAUGUUUGAUCCACGAUGUAAAUGUUACAAUUCAAAUCUGAGAGUUACUUGUAUUGAUAAAAACAUCACUGGUGACAACAUUCCUCAAUAUCCAAGGAGUGUACAAAAACUUUCUCUUUGGGCUAAUUUGAUAGAAAUAAUUCCCCGAACAACAUUUAAUCACAUGAACAAUCUAUCUGAGUUAGAUUUAUCUUCUAAUAGACUUGUAUAUCUAGAGGAAGAAACUUUUGAUGGUUUAUCAAAUCUAAAAACUUUAUCUUUAAAAAGGAAUUAUUUAAACUAUAGCUUCGCAAUACCAAAUAAUAUUUUCAAGCCAUUGGUUUCGUUAAAAUAUUUGAAUGUAGGGUGGAAUAAUUUGGUCGAACAAAGUUACCAAUUUCCAACUUUUCCAAGCGAUUUACUAUCAUCUCUAGUUCAAUUAGAGAGCAUAGAAGUAGAUGCAAUACAGCCAAAUAUAAUACGAUUAUUUAAAUUUCCAGACCUAUACAGAUCAUUGACGCAUCUUAAAAGUUUGGAAAUAGGUCUUUGUGAUUUGCCUUAUAUACAAAAUGUAACGUUUUUCAAUCUUCACAAUCUUGAGUAUCUUGACAUGCAUAACUGUCACACGAAAAGCUAUGAACGUUGGACAUUGCGAAAUGGAAAAAAGCUCAAAUAUCUAGACAUUUCACAAAACGAUUUAACUGACGACGGUCUGUCUGAUUUGAUGUCCGAUUUAUAUUUCAACGACAAACUUGAGAUCUUGAAAAUGACAAAUUCCUUUCAUUCUGUAUAUGUAUUUGUGCCACAAUACUUUGCUUUUGAUUUAAACGCAACAAAAAUAAAGGAAAUUUAUGUAAAUGAAAACAGUUUUGUAGAAGCUGUUGGUACCGAUAAGUAUUUCAUGUUACCUCCCACAUUGAAAGUAUGCGAUUUUGCAAAUAAUAAACUGUCGAAGUUCUAUUUUGGAAUGCCUUACUUGUCGAUAUUGAACCUACGAAAUAACACACUGGGUGCAUACCUUUCAACUGAAAGAUAUACUAACUCUAGUAAUACUGAACUCAAAGAAGUUGAUUUAUCCCUCAAUUUUAUUCAGGAUUUAUCUUUUGCCAUAUUUCACGGACAUGAUCAAGCCGUAAAAAUAGAUCUGAGUCAUAACAAAUUAACGGAUAUUACUUUCGAUCUUUCUCAUUUAGUCAGUUUAAAAAGAUUGGAUUUAUCAUAUAACAACAUCAGUGGAAUAUCUUCACAAACAUCUAUGGAUACUUUACGCAAACUCUCAAAAACAUCAAAGUUGAAAAUUGAUCUUUCAAAUAACCUAUUAAAAUGUAGCUGCCAAAACAUGAAAUUCUUACAAUGGAUGGACGCAAAUUUAAAUUUGCUCAUACACACAUCUACAUACAGGUGCCGGUUUGAAAACAAUAAUGUUAUCCAUCUGACAAAUGUAAAUGCAGUUGUCAAGCAACUUGAAAAGGAAUGCAGCUCGUUUACCACGUUAAUUAUUUGUAUAACUGUGGGAAUAAUUAUGUCUCUUCUUAUUCUAUCAGCUGGAUUACUGUACAGGUUUCGAUGGAGAUUACGCUAUCUGUAUUAUAUGACAAGACAUAAGUACAAGGUAUUCCAAAAUAUUCAAUCUAGCACUACUUAUAAGUACGAUGCAUUCAUAUCAUAUGCAAAUGAAGAAACCGAUUUCGUUGUGAGUGAAGUUAUACCAAACUUGGAACGUGAUGAAAACUUGAAACUCUGCGUACAUCAGCGGGAUUUCGUUCCAGGAGAAGAUAUAACACAAAACAUUACCAAUGGCAUUCACCAAAGUAGGUUCACUAUAUGCAUAGUAACCCAAUCGUUUCUUGAUUCGUAUUAUUGCAUGUUUGAAUUUAACAUGGCACGAAUGGAAAGUAUAUAUUCCAGAGAUGGUCAAAACAUUCUCUUUCUGGUCUUCUAUGAACAACUGCGUCCAAAAGAUCUGCCGUUAGUCAUCCUUGAGUUAGUUCAGAAACAAUCGUAUAUCGAGUACCCAAAUGAUGAACAAGGAAAUGUUGUGUUUUGGAGGAAAAUAGCGGAAUCGUUAGGUUCAUCUGAAUAAUUGAAAAAAGAUUACUUUAGCUUGGCAUUUUUACCAAACAGUCAACUUUGUUUGAAAUUUAA